AAUUUGAAAGUUGACAGGAAGCAACGUUGACGGAGAGGGAAACAUUAUGCAGAUACACAAUACUAAGUUGUAUUUUGUGUAGAAGUAAAAUUUCCUCGCAUGGCUCAAGGUAAAUGUUAGUUAAAAAGCCAUGUUGAAGUUUAAAUAUAUGAGUCAGGGAAGUCUGAAAACGCUGCUGCCUUCCUCCUCAUCCACUGACCCCAUCGCCAGCCGCAGCUCGCGACUCAACCAGCUUUUUCAGGGUCGAGCGAGCCUACGUGGGCAGCUGGGAGGAUGCACUUUGGGUCGGGAAGAGUUCCUGGAGGCUCUGCUGCUCCUCUACCAGGAGUGCACCUCCCCAGAGCUCAUGAGGAUAAGUUAUGUGGCAAACUUUGUCAACAAGUUUUCUGACGUGGUGUCGGAGCUGCGGGACCUACAGCCAGGGGUUCAUGACUUUAAACUCUGUGCGGUGGUGGGACGUGGGCGCUUUUCUGAAGUCCAAGUAGUUCGAGAGAAAGCCACUGGAGACGUUUGUGCACUGAAAGUCAUGGACAAGAAAAUUUUGCGCGCUCAAGAAAAUGAGGUUUCUCAUGAAGAAGAGCGAAAGAUCUUGGCUCUGAGCAACAGUCCCUGGAUCCCACAGCUUCUCUAUGCCUUCCAGGAUAAAGAACAUGUCUACCUGGCAAUGGAGUACUUGCCAGGUGGUGACCUGAUGUCCCUGCUAAACCGAUACGAGGAUCAGUUCGACGAAUCCAUGGCUCAGUUCUAUUUGGCCGAGCUGGUGGAGGCCAUUCAUGCCGUCCACCAGCUGGGCUACGUCCACAGAGACGUCAAACCGGAGAACGUUCUCAUUGAUCGGACCGGUCACAUUAAGCUGGCAGACUUUGGAUCAGCUGCCAGACUGACUGCUAACAGAACAGUAGCAGCUUCCACAGUGCCUGUUGGCUCCCACGACGUCCUUGCUCCUGAGGUCCUGACAGCAAUGAACGGCAACUCUCAUAGCACGUAUGGAGUGGAGUGUGACUGGUGGUCUCUUGGGGUCAUAGCUUAUGAGAUGAUCUAUGCCAGGUCACCUUUUUCUGAUGGCACUUCUACAAAGACCGUUCACAACAUCCUCAACUUUCAGCGUUUUCUAAAAUUUCCAGAGGAGCCGCGGGCCACUAGGAAGCUUGUAGACCUGGUGCAGAGCUUGCUGUGUGGAGCCAAAGAGAGACUGGGUUUCCAGGGCCUCCGCUGUCACACUUUCUUCUCCAGUGUUGACUGGAACAACUUAAGACACGUUCUCCCGCCUUUUGUUCCUGCAUUGCACGCUGAAGAUGACACCUCCAAUUUUGAGGAGCCAGAGCAGGCAGCCCCCUGGCCAGCCUCAGCAGCCCAACGAGGAGCUCAGCCAGUGGGCUUCCAGGGCCAGGAUCUGCCCUUUCUAGGCUGGUUCUUUAGCGGCGCAUUGACAGCAUUGGCCAAAACUGAGUCAGUGUCUGCUGGCCUCAAUUCUCCUGCAAAGGCGAAUUCUAUGGAAAAGAAGCUGCACCUUAAAAGCAGGGAACUACAGGAAACUCAAGACAAAUGUCACAAGAUGGAGCAGGAGAUCUCCAGGUUCCAGCGUAAAAUGACUGACCUGGAAUCAGUACUCCAACAGAAGGAUGUGGAGCUGAAGGCUUCAGAGACUCAGAGGAGCAUCCUGGAGCAAGACCUCGCCACCUACAUCACUGAGUGCAGCAGCCUGAAGCGAAGCUUGGAGGAGGCUCGUGUGGAAGUCUCCCGAGAGGAUGACAAGGCCAUGCAGCUGCUGCAUGACAUACGUGAACAGAGCAACAAGCUGCAGGAAAUUAAAGAGCAAGAGUACCAUGCCCAGCUGGAGGAGAUGCAGGUGACCAUCAGGCAGCUGGAGGAGGACCUGUCAGCUGCCCGCCGCCGCAGUGACCUCUAUGAAGCCGAACUAAGAGACUCCAGACAAACGAGUGAAGAGCUGAAAAGGAAAGCUGUGGAAUACCAGCAGAGAAUCCAGAAGGCCAAAGAACAAGGAAAGGCUGAGGUGGAGGAAGUUCUCUCCAAACUUGAGAAGACCAACUCUGAGCAGCAGGUGAAAAUCCAAGAGCUCCAAGAGAAACUGACCAAGGCAGUGAAAGCAAGCACAGAAGCAACUGAGCUGCUGCAGAAUGUCCGACAGGCCAAAGAGCGAUUGGAACGCGACCUGGAGCGUAUGCGGGGCAAAAGUGACUCGAGUGACACUUUGAAACGUCGUCUCAGAGAGACAGAGCAGGAGGGCAGGAAGACCCUGGAGAAUCAGGUGAAAAGGCUGGAGAUGGUUGAGCGGCGGGAGAAUAAGCUGAAAGAUGACAUUCAGACCAAAUCCCAGCAGAUCCAGCAGAUGGCUGAAAAGAUCCUGGAACUGGAGGACAACCUACGAGAUGCCCAGUCAACAGCCCAGCGGAUGGAAACACAGCUUGUUCAGAAAGAGAGGCUGUAUGAGGACAAGAUCAAGGUUCUGGAGGCCCAGAUGAAGGAAGACCUGGCAGACAAGGAGAGUCUUGAGACCAGAAGAGCGCAGCAAGAGGAGGAGUCGAGGGAGAACUGCAAACUUAUCAGUGAACAGAAAGCAACCAUUAACGCAAUGGAUUCCAAGAUGAAGAACUUGGAGCAGCGCAUCGCUGAGCUGUCAGAGGCUAACAAGCUGGCCGCUAACAGCAGCAUCUACACCCAGAAGAAUAUGAAAGCCCAGGAGGAGAUGAUCUCAGAGCUGCGGCAGCAGAAGUUCUACCUGGAAUCUCAAGCCGGCAAGUUAGAGGCUCAAAAUGCCAAACUGGAGGAGCACCUGGAGAAGAUGAGUCAGCAGGAGCAGACCAAGAGGACACGGCUACAGGAGCUGGAGAGCAGGCUACGGGAGAUGGGCCUCCAACAUGAAGAGGAGAAGAUGGAGAUCAAGAGGCAGGUGUCGGAGUUGACCCUGUCACUGCAGGAGCGCGAGUCUCAGAUUAGCAGCCUGCAGGCUGCGCGUCUUGCCCUGGAGAGCCAGCUGCAGCAAGCAAAGACCGAGCUGGAGGAGACCACCGCUGAGGCUGAGGAGGAGAUCACUGCCCUCAGGAAUCACAGAGAUGAGAUUCAGCGCAAGUUUGAUGCCUUGAGAGACAGCUGCUCAGUGAUCACUGACCUGGAGGAGCAGCUUACCCAGCUGAGUCAGGAGAAUGCUGAGUUGAACCGGCAGAACUUUUACCUGUCCAAGCAACUUGAUGAAGCAUCGGAUGAGAGGGAGGACCAGCUGCAGCUCAGCCAGGAGGUGGACAGGCUGAGGAGGGAGGUGGCUGACCGUGAGAUGCACCUCAAUAACCAGAAACAGAACAUUGAGACACUGAAGACAACAUGUAGCAUGUUGGAGGAGCAGGUGGUCGAGCUGGAGUCUCUAAAUGAUGAGCUGCUGGAGAAAGAGAGGCAGUGGGAGGCUUGGAGAGGGGCCCUGGAGGACGAAAAAAGCCAAGCUGAAAGACGCACCAGAGACCUCCAGAGGCUGCUAGACAAUGAGAAGCAGAAUAGGUUGCGUGCCGACCAACGCAGCAGCGAGUCUCGGCAGGCAGUAGAACUGGCAGUCAAAGAGCACAAAGCUGAGAUCAUGGCCCUACAGCAGGCGCUGAAGGAGCAGAGACUAAAAGCUGAAAGUCUGUCAGAUACUCUCAAUGAUCUGGAGAAGAAGCACGCCAUGCUGGAGAUGAAUGCCCGCAGCUUGCAGCAGAAACUGGAGACUGAGAGAGAACUGAAACAGAGGCUCAUGGAAGAGCAAGGUAAGCUGCAGCAGCAGAUGGACCUCCAAAAGAGCCACAUUUUCCGCCUUACCCAAGGCCUGCAGGAUGCCCUGGACCAGACUGACAUGCUCAAGACUGAGAGGACUGACUUGGAGUACCAGCUGGAGAAUAUACAGGCUGUGUACUCUCAUGAGAAGGUGAAGAUGGAAGGCACUAUCUCCCAGCAGACCAAACUCAUUGACUUCCUCCAGGCGAAAAUGGAUCAGCCCACCAAGAAAAAGAAGUACCAUUCCCCUCUGGAACAGGGUAUAUUUGGUCGGCGUCGGGAAGACGUAGGCACCACGACGAAUGGGGCGCUGGUUCCGCAGGCCCAGGCCCCAGCCGUUCCCAUGCAGUACAGUGACAUGAAACUUGCUCUGGAGAAGGAGCGUUCGAGGUGUGGAGAGCUAGAGGAGGCUCUGCAGAAGAUGAAAAUAGAGCUACGGUCCCUCAGGGAAGAGGCGGCUCAUUUCAAAGCCCAGGAACACGUGGCUCCUUCCACUCCAGCCCAGGCUCGCCAUCAAAUCCUCAUGUCUGCCAUCGUCAAAUCCCCAGAACAUCAACCCAACCCCAGCAGCCUGCUCAACCCCUCCACACGCUGCAAGGAGACCUCCACACCAGAAGAGUUCGGUCGCCGUGUGAAGGAGAGAAUGCACCACAACAUCCCUCAUCGUUUCACUGUGGGUCUCAACAUGAGGGCUGCAAAGUGUGCCGUCUGCUUGGACACGGUGCAUUUUGGACGACAGGCUGCCACUUGUCUGGAGUGCCACACCCUGUGUCACCCCAAAUGCUCACCUUGUCUUCCGGCCACCUGCGGUCUGCCAGCCGAGUAUGCCACUCAUUUUUCAGAGGCUCUGUGCCGAGAAAAGGCAAACUCGCCUGCGCUGCAGGUCAAAGAGGCCAGUGGGCACGUGCGCUUGGAAGGAUGGAUGAAGCAGCCCAGAAAUGCAAAGCGUGGUCAGCAAGGCUGGGAGAGGAAGUAUGUGGUGCUGGAUGGAACCAAAGUGUCCGUCUAUGACAAUGAACCAAGAGAGGAUUGUGUAAAGGCUGAGGAGGAGUUUGAACUCUGUAUGCCUGAUGGAGAUGUGACUGUUCACGGAGCUGUUGGAGCCUCUGAGCUCAUCAACACUGCCAAGUCAGACAUCCCAUAUGUGUUGAAGUUGGAGUCACAUCCCCACACCACCUGCUGGCCAGGCCAGUCUCUCUAUUUCAUGGCCCCCAGCUUCCCUGACAAACAGCGCUGGGUGGCCGUGCUAGAGUCUGUGGUGGCCGGUGGCCGUGGAUCUAAAGACAAAGUGGAUUCUGAUGCUGCAGGUGUCUCUAAAAGACAGAAGAACCUAUCCCCACUGGUUCAGAAACUUCUUGGCAACUCGCUGCUGAAACUGGAGGGUGACGACCGUCUGGACAUCAACUGCACGCUGCCUCUCACUGACCAGGUUGUGUUGGUUGGCUCAGAGGAGGGUUUGUAUGCUCUGAAUGUCAUAAAGAACUCUCUGACCCAUAUACCUGGGCUGACCUCCGUCUUCCAGAUCCAGAUCCUGAAGGAGCUUGAUAAGCUGCUAAUGAUCACUGGAGAGGACAGGGCGCUGUGUCUAGUGGAGAUCAAGAAAGUGAAACAGUCUUUGUCACAGUCCCAUCUCCCAGCUCAGCCGGACCUCAACCCCUUCAUCUUUGAGACAGUGAAGGGAUGCCACCUCUUCUCCUCUGGAAAGAUUGAUAAUGGGACGUGUAUCUGUGCUGCUAUGCCCAAUAAGAUUACAAUCCUGCGACACAACGAAAGCCUCAAUAAGUUCUGCAUCAGAAAGGAGAUUGAGACGUCAGAGCCCUGCAGCUGUAUCCACUUCACCGGCUACAGUAUUAUUAUUGGCACCAACAAGUUCUAUGAAAUUGAGAUGAAGCAAUAUGUUUUGGAAGAGUUCCUGGAUAAAAAUGAUGUAACGUUAGCUUCAGCUGUCUUUGCUGCGUCCUCCCACAGCUUCCCCAUCUCCAUCAUCCAGGUCACCACUGCUCCACAGAAGGAUGAAUACCUGCUCUGUUUCCAUGAGUUUGGCGUUUUUGUGGAUGCAUAUGGUCGCAGGAGUAGAAGUGAUGAUAUCAAAUGGAGCCGUUUGCCACUCUCCUUUGCCUACAGAGAACCUUACCUGUUUGUGACCUACUUCAACUCUUUGGACGUUAUUGAGAUUCAGGGACAUGCUGCUCUUGGACCUCACUCAUAUGCACACCUGGAUAUCCCAAACCCACGCUACCUUGGCCCAGCUAUCUCCUCUGGUGCCAUCUACCUGGCCUCAUCCUACCAGAAUAAACUGAGGGUCAUCUGCUGCAAGGGUAACCUGGUGCAGAGCCAGGAGGGCGGAGGAGACCUGCAGCGCAGCAGCUCCGGACGCAGCCCUAACAAACGUGGGCCUCCAUCGUACAAUGAGCACAUCUCUAAAAGGCUGGCGGCCAACCCCUUGGUCCACGGAGACCCCGGCACACCUCACCGCUACCGAGAAGCUCGCACAGAGUUCCGUCGCGAUAAGUCCCCCAGCCGUCCCCUGGAGAGGGAGAAGUCUCCUGGCAGGAUGCUGGAGAGCCGGAUAGUGGGGUCUCCAGGCAGGGCCAUGGCCGAUCCCCGGUUAGAGCGCUCCCCGGGCCGGGCCAUGGGUGACCCUCGCAUGGACCGCUCCCCUGGCAGGAUGAUGGACGUGCGUAGGGAGAGGUCCCCUGGAAGAUUCGAAGAGCGCCAAAGGCUCCAUACUGGCUCUGGACGGACGCCCAUAAACUCUGUUAACAAGGUUUGGGACCAAUCAUCUGUUUGAGCUGCAGCGGAGCGACGUACCCAGCGAGCGUGUACAGAGAAAACCCGUCUUUGGAAAAAGGGAAAGGAAGAACCAGUGAGACUGUCGCCACCUCAUGAUGAAAAACACUGCCAAACUUCUGUUUUUCUAAGCUGAAAAACCCCCCGCAGGGGAAGACACCAGUAGCUCUAAGAACAGAGAGAGAGAGAGAAUGACAGAAAUAAAGAGAUGUCAUUAUAAUCAGGUUAUUUUUCCUUAAAGUCAACAAAGUUCAACAAAAUGCCAUAUUUAAAAAUCUGAGCAGGGUUUUUUGUGCUUUAUUCUCUGAGAAGGUAGUCAUAUGAUUUCACCCACGACAAAAAAAAAAUGAGGUAUGGGUUCUCAAAUGAAGACUUUUGACUGGUAGGUUUCUCUCACUCUAAGAUAAGCACAGCCGUAGCAACUUUAUGUCACAGGUCAACAACAACAACUAGAUAUUUUCAGAAACACUAACUCAUCUCCACUGUAGCUGCAGAUGAGGUCAGGAGAGUAGCGGACGUCCAUUAGCAUUUUCUGGCUCCAGUCCUGCGCCGAUGUGUCAACACACAAUCAUUAAUAGCUAAUAACAAUCAUGUUUUUUAGCUAACCUCAGUCUUCUCACUCAGACUUUGGCUAGUGAAAGAAAUCAGGACUUGGAUGCAGCACAAAACAAACGUGACUAAAAAUGUAAGUAAAUGAAAAACCUUCCUUCCUUCCUUCCUCCCUUCUUCCCUUCCUUCCCCGUACAACCACACACUUGGAUGAUCGUCUGCCCCACAUGUUACAGGUAGGCCGACACAAACGCUGCACUACCCACAAUCCCACACAGCGAUGAUGAAACAGGACCUUUCUAACCCCUCAGAACGCUAUCCGACUGUAAAUAAACAAGACAUAAUUUUAUAUAUAUUGAGAAGGAAUUUCAAGGCUGGAUUAAGCCGUGUCUAUUUUUGUUAAAGAAAAAAAAAAAAGUUAUUACGUGUCCUUAUGAAUGUUCAAUGAGUAUUCUUUUAAUCUGUCCAAACGUCUUUUAAUCAAGUGAGUGAUUGUAUCUGGACCCAACUCAUGUAUGCACUUCAUCUGUCAAAGGCAAAACCUCAGUGCUGAGUUAUACGACAGAAAAAAAAACAAAACAGAUCAUGUUUGAAGCUUACAACAUCGUACUUGAGCAUUUCUUUUUUGUACAACUUCCCUUGAUAUUGUGUAUAUAACCCGACAAUGUUCAAAGUGAAGAAGAAAAUAAUAUUUGUUUUAAUUUUUCCCUUUUAUUCGUAAAUGGCAUGGAUAUGUAUAUCUGAAAUGAAAACGGAGUGUUGUCCUCUUCGUUUUGCCUCUGCCUCAUUUGGAUUAUAUUUUUAUUCCACACACUCAAGAAUGAAGCACGUGAAUAAUAUCUAACCUGUUUGCACAGUUCUAAUUAGUAAACGUUUGUUUUCUUUUAACGCGACACUCAUGGCAAGCUAAAUACUCCAGUCUAAACGUGAAAAGCACUAAAAUCUGUCCACACUGCACUUAAAAAUCUCUAUUUCUGCAGAUCUCAUGUGGAUCUCUGGAAAUAGGAAGUGGGUCCUUUGCACCGCAGCCAUUUUGACAUGUUUGACCAGAAAAAGCUCGGCUUUUACUGAUCACACGCCGUUCAAAAGGCCCAUUGUAUGGUUUUUAAUCAUGUUUUAAGAAUACAAAGGCUGCCCUUUUAACCUGCCUGGUGUGUCCGCCAACAGCAGAGCUCUCUAUAUUAAGACGCAUCGUCAAUUAUUCCAAUCUACUCUUGUUCUUUAUUUAAGAUAUACAGCAAACAUAUCUUCCUGAAUGUAUUCAAAGUCUAAGAGCAUAGAACAGAUUCAGUGGUCACAACAGAAAGCACCCACUGUGAAAUAUUGCACAAGUUUUCUACUGGUUUCUGUCGGACUCUCUGCCCCGAAAAAGCUUUCCCGUUCUCUAUGAUUUCACUGUUCUAUUCUUUAUUUUGGUCAUUUGCAUUUCUUUUCUUUUGCAUUUCAAUGAGUUUUUCCACACGAUUCUGAGUCACAACGCCGUAACAAUGGAUAUGAUAUUGAUGUCUGCUAACAAAAGUUUUAUUAGCGUUCCCUGUAGAGAUUUUGUCACAGAAUAUUAAAUAUUAUAAGCAUUGUCUUUCCCUUCUAA